AUGGCUUUCGUCCGCCUGCAAUGUUUGCAUUUUUUAGUCCUUGGCUGGCUCGUUUCGAUGUCUGCUUGCACAACCAUUCGCACACGGGACGACACUGCUACUCCAGCACCAAAGAUGAUGCUUGCGCAGUAUAAAGCUGUCCCAUCCCCAAUACGCCCGCAUCCAGCUUUUGCUACUUGCGGACUACGCCACGAAUCUCCACUCGAAUUCAAUACGAGACUCUUGACCACAAGGAACCAUCUCCAUCACCUCGUCCUCAAUUAUGACGGUACUUCGGAAGGAGCGUACUAUAUCCCAGACGAAGGAUCAUGGAUAUACAUCACGACUUCCCGCAAGGACGAACGCACCAAAAUGGUGGAAGAAUUCGAUGCUGCAUUUCAAGACAUCCUAGAACGGCAAGACCUUGCAUCGUUUCGGAAGAACUUCUACUUCUACUUCACAGACUGCGCGACGAACUUUGAGCUCUGCGACAGCGGAAUACCAUUUUCAACACCUCGAUUUAGAAGGGGGACUGAGCGCGUCAAACUCACGGCACCAAGCUUGAUCUAUCUCCAAGACAGUGGACCGUGUACCUCUGGCGAAAUCGGAUGCGGAGAGUGGUGUGACUGGCGCUGCAAAACAACGUAUCAUUAUUUUGAACUCUCUGCCCAACGAUUGCUAUGGAGCAAAAAGCUCAGAGUUACAAGCACGGAUGGAAAGAGGACUGUUGUACCGGCGUUUCCGAGUCCCAGUGCGCAGAUGCGAAGCAUAAUGCUGAUCUACAAGGCACUUGACACGUUUCACAUUGGGCCGAAUCAAGGCAUAUUGAGGGUCAGUGUUGAGCCCCGUGAACGCGAUGCUGCGGUAUAUCUGGCCUGUGCCAAAAAGAAAUUGCGAACGUAG